UACUGAUCUCUAAGGGGAUCCAGGAACAACACAAGACUCGUCAGAUGAAAAGGAGAGUGGCGGUUGAGAGGAAAGCCAGCUGACAACAACAAGCUGCCGUCUUUUCCAUGUUCUCCUUCGUUCCAAGGCUUCUUUCGUAGAACAUUAUCGGAAGACUUAACACGGAGAUGAGCGAUGCACAAUUAAAUUGUGAGCGAUUCUAAAUGGUUGCGUUAUACGGAAGACUAGUCAGCCGCGGUGGCAAACGAAUGUAGGCUAAACGUCAAUUAAGUUACUGUAAGGUUGAUACUAUUUUUUUUCCUUUUACGCAGACAUGGUAUUGCGCAAAAUGUUUGUUAGUGUGCCCGAUUCAGAAUAGACAUUCGUGUUCUGCGAGAGAGACGCACUUCGAGGAGUCAUGAAGGACACGUCCGAAUCAAAGGACCAACAACUAACUGUUGCCUUGCGAAUCCGACCCCUCAGUGAUGCUGAGCAAGAAGAAGGAGCCUCCAUAGUCGCCCACAGGGUGGACGAACAGAUGGUGGUGUUAAUGGACCCCAUGGAGGACCCUGAUGAUAUUCUCCGUGCCAACCGUUCGCGGGAGAAGACCUACAUGUUCGACGUGGCCUUCGACUUCACAGCCACGCAGGAGGAAGUGUACAGAGCGACCACCAAAGGGCUGAUCGAGGGCCUUAUAUCGGGCUACAACGCCACUGUGUUUGCCUACGGACCCACAGGUUGCGGGAAGACCUACACCAUGUUGGGCACGGACAAGGAGCCGGGCAUCUACGUGCAGACGCUCAACGAUCUCUUCCGCGCCAUCGAGGAGACGAGCGACGACAUGCAAUACAGCGUCUCCAUGUCCUACCUCGAGAUCUAUAACGAGAUGAUCCGGGACCUGCUGAACCCGUCCUCUGGGUUCCUGGACCUGAGGGAGGACUCCAAGGGGGAGAUCCAGGUGGCCGGCAUCACCGAGGUGUCCACCAUCAACGCUCGAGAGAUCAUGGAGCUGCUGAUGAAGGGCAACAAGCAGCGCACGCAGGAGCCCACGGCGGCCAAUCAGACGUCGUCGCGCUCGCACGCCGUGCUGCAGGUGGCCGUGAGGCAGCAGAGCCGCUGCAGGGACGUGUACCAGGAGGUGCGCUUCGCCCGCCUCUUCAUGAUCGACCUCGCCGGGUCCGAGAGAGCUUCACAGACUCAGAACAGGGGUCAGCGUUUGAAGGAGGGUGCUCACAUCAACCGCUCUCUGCUGGCUCUGGGAAACUGCAUUAAUGCCUUGAGUGAGAAGAGUGGGAACAAGUAUGUCAAUUACAGAGACAGCAAGCUCACUCGCCUGCUGAAGGACUCGCUGGGUGGAAACAGCAGGACUGUGAUGAUCGCUCAUAUAAGCCCCGCCUCCCUGGCCUUCGAGGAAUCGCGCAACACGUUGUCAUACGCCGACCGUGCCAAAAGCAUCCGUACGCGGGUGAAGCGUAACCUGCUGAACGUGUCCUAUCACAUCGCUCAGUACACCAGCAUCAUCGCCGACCUGCGCAGCGAGAUCCAGCGGCUCAAGAAGAAGAUCGCCGAGCAGACCAGCCGACACAACCCCGACCGGACGGACAUCCGCCACGUGCAGGCAGAGGUCCAGGCCCACUCCACCCAGCAGAGUCGCGCGGAGAUGGACCAGCUCAGGGAGCAGCUGAUCGACGCCUUCCGCCAGCAGAUGGAGAUCCGCAAGAGCCUGAUGGAGCUGGACAACAGCAACAUGGAGAUCCAGAUCGACACCUCCAAACACCUGCUCACCAUCGCAGACUGGGAGCAGGAGCGCUGUCGCCGCAGGAGGAAGUGGAGAGCGGAGAGGAGGAAGGAGACCUUCCACAAGGACGAGAGCGAGAAGGACUCCGACUCGCCCGAGUCCCCGCCCGACAGCACCGAGACGCAGGAGGUUGCCAUGGCGAGGGAGAACCUGGUCACACUAAUGGCCGAGCAGAAGAAGAUCCGUAAACAGAAGUCGUCUCUGGAGCGGCGGUUCCUGGAGCUGAGGGAGAGGGCCCGGCGUCUAGAGGAGCUGCUGCCCAGACGUGUGAGCUCGGAGGAGCAGCGCGAGGUCCUGGGCCUCCUCUGCAAGGUGCAUGAGCUGGAGAUUGAGAACGCGGAGAUGCAGUCGCACGCGCUGCUGAAGGACAACCUGAUCCGCCAGAAGGACGCCGUGGUGCAGCGAUUCGAGCAGCACCGCCACCUCUGUGACGAGAUCAUCCAGCAGCAGCGGCAGUUCAUCAUUGACCACAGCCUCCUGGUGCCGCCCCACCUGCAGGAGCUCUAUGAGAUGUACAUGAGGGAGCUGGAUGAGAGGAGUCUGGACCGCAUCAUGGCGCUGGACAAGGUCACCGGACGCACUCUGAAGGAGGGCUCUCUGCCCAAGAUCACUCUGGCCAGUAGAGGUCGCGAUCCCUUGCAGGAGCUGGACUCUGACCAGGAGAGCGUGCGGACGCUGGUCUCGGACAACCGGCGAGGUCGGGCCAAAAUCCGCCGACACACUCUGCCCCCCAUCCUCCCUGAGCCCGAGGGGGACAACAACCGUGUGUUCAAAAACAGCCCUCAUGCCAGACAGAUGAAGAACUCUGUGGUGAUGACCCCCCCACCCAUACACAUCAAUGGCCUAGGCAACAGAGAGCUGCACCCAUGCGUACCAGAGAGCGCUCUCAGCUACAGCCACCUCAGCCACAGCCUCAGCAGCCACCUGGACUCGUCUCCGGAGAGCAGCGAGAACGGCACCGACAUCCCACUCACGCGUAAAGAGCGUCAGCAGAUCAUGCGUGGCGUGGAGAGCAUCGCCGUGAAGGCGGCGCGCCGUCGCUCCAAGGCCCUGGGGGUGGACGCCCUGCGUCUGCCGCCGUCUUCUCCGCUGGACCCCCACAAGCAGAAGAGCAGCCUGUCGCUGAGCGAGGCGCCCCCCCUCGGCCCCCCCACGCCCCGGGGACCCGGCGGCAUUGGCAUCGGCGGCAGCGUCGGAGGUCGCCAGGCCAGCCCCGAGCUGCGGCACGCCACCUCGGACGACAACCUGUCCAGCAGCACGGGCGACGGCACCUGGACGCGCCCUCGCCAGCGCCAGCAGAACGUCGCCAAGAACGCCGGUGCCCACCGCGAGCAGGACUUCGAGGCGCGCCGGCGCAAGAAGAGGUCUCGCUCUUUCGAGGUCACAGGCCAAGCUCUGUCCCAGGCUAAGACCACAGCCCAGCGGUUCCGGCCCCUCGACAGCACCUCAGACCCCCACCUCCACAUCAACCGGCCCCCAGCCUCUCACCUCCGCCCCCAGCACAGAGGAGUCCCCCCCCUGGCCAAAGGACGCCUGCCCCACCCUUCCCAGACGACCGGCCAAACUGUGGACAACGGCACCAGCUCCCUGUCUCAGCUGGGCCAGUUGCGGCGCGGACCCCUCCUCCGCCAGCCCCAGCCUCUGCUCUAUGUCACCACCACGGGGGCCGGGGGACAGCGCACCCGCAAGCACUGAGCGGCGGCGGGCCGCCACUGUCCCCAACUGACCGCCCGAAUAGCAGACCCGAACUGUGGUCAAGGGAACCUCCUUUCCCACCACGACACCAGCACUAACGAAGAAAAGAAAUGUCCAGACUCUGCAAAGAGCUGUAAAAUGUAGUUAGCGACUAGGAGGGCUGUGAACUGUAAAUGUCUCUCUCUCUCUCUCUCUCACUCACAUACUCAGAUACACACACACAGACACACAUGGAUAUGCACAGAUCCACUAACCUACUGUACCUUUGGGAGAUGUUGACAAUGCCUUGGGCUGAUCACAGAGCGCGAGGGAGAGAGGUGGUUUGAGAGACGCAACGUUCUAACGCUGUUUCCUCUCGCCUUGUUCCGUGACCCCCUCGCCUGUUUUUUUUUCUCCCUCCCCCCCCCCCCCCCCCCCUUUUGCUGAAGUGCUCGAGAUGAAUGUGUGGAUCAGCGACGUUUGUGUGACGCUGUACUUGUUUGUUUGUCUUUGUAAUAUUUGACAAUUUCACGUUUCCAAAGGGCCUCUACAUGUGACGUCAACCCGGUUGAUACAAUUGUGGGGACGCUAAAUUCUUUGAUUGAGAGAAAAAAAUAAUAGAAAGAAAUACCAUGUAAGUGCUAAGACGAAUGUGAACACUUGUGAGAUGAUAGGACUAGAUCGACAGAGGGUAAAACCUGCCAUUGAGUUCCUCUGGAGGGGAAAGACGGACCAAGCCUUAUGCAGAGGGUAAUGGGUGACGUUUAAAGGAAACCACAGAAUGGCUACCAGGCAAGACAUGCUCUAGGCCUCUUGAAAGGUGACGAUACAUGGGGCAACUUUUUCGAGAAAUGUUGCUAGGCAGCCACAUAACCAGUUCCAUGUGUUAUGAUUGGAUGUUGCUCAUGAAAAAAAAGAAAUAAAUACUGACGAUUAAAGUUCUUUAGAAACAUAAUGUUGGCCAAUAUCAAUGGGAACGUGCCAGAACUUAGGAACAUUGCCUGGCAACACUGCUCAAAAAGUUACCUUGGGGAUCAUCAGCUUAUUGUUAACCCACUUCAUCAGUAUCAAUCUUUCUGUGCAGACAUUUUAUACUGUAUAUUGCUUUGUUUCUAGGGAUAUACAUACCAUAUACUGUACAGUAUGUGUUCAUUGUUAAGUAACAUCACUAUAAAACUUUGAGUCACACUCUGAGGCAGCAGAUAAGCCUAGUUGGACUAAAUUGAAUUGUUGUUUUUUUUUCAUCUGAAAUGCAGUUUACUCAUAGUCUAGGCUUACUCCCUCAUUGUGAAACCAGCUCCACUGGUUUCAAAAUAACCACCGUAAACAGUGGCCCAUUCAUUCAUGUUGAUGAAAGUGGCAGCGUUGUUAUAGACUUAAAAUAUCCCCUUUUGAAGCUGCACAUGAAGUUCAGUCAGUCUCUCUCUCCUGCUAUUUCUGUACUGGGAGAGGCCAAUGACGAGGCUUCUUCACCAUCUGUCUUGUACUGCUGCCUUUAUCUGUGAUGUUUGCAAUGUUUUGUUGUUUUAUUUCAUUUUACAUGGUUAUACAUACUAUUUUCUACACUUUAUUUUGUACAUUUUUUAUUUGUAAUCAGAAUAAAUUUGAA